UUAAGCCAUAAGUCCAUCAUUGUCAUCUAUUCACUUAUUCAUUAGUGCCAUCAGUUUAAAGUCUGACUCUGCGACUCGCUGAUGAGUUGAACUGACAAAGUGGUGAAGUCAGGACGGGCUGUGACAGGGACUCAUAUCAGAGGCUGUAUCAUUGCUAGGGCUCUUAUCGGCCUCUCUUGUUAGGAUAGUAUCUUAGGGACACGUGGACCUCACCAUGAUGAUGAUGGAACACGAGGAGGUGACGGUAGUCAACCCGGAGAGCCCGUACUCGGAUGAUCUGAAGACUGAGCGUAGCACCCCGGACAUGAUGGAAUCACCGCGUCACUCAUACACGCCCGAUGUCCACGCCAUGGUCGGAUCGCCCAUGCCAUCACAACCUAUCGAAAUCAGCGUAACCGCGGGUUCGCCCUCGCAGUGUAGCAUGGGACAGGGGAGUCCGGAUCCGGGCCAUAUCAGGAGGAACUCGCCGGGGUUACGGUGUGUCGUAUGCGGGGACGUCUCAAGCGGGAAACAUUACGGGAUCCUUGCCUGUAACGGUUGCAGUGGAUUCUUUAAAAGGAGUGUGCGACGAAAACUAAUAUACAGAUGCCAAGCGGGAACGGGCAUGUGUAACAUAGACAAGGCCCACAGGAACCAGUGCCAAGCUUGUCGGUUAAAGAAGUGUAUGUCCAUGGGCAUGAAUAAGGAUGCACUUCGAGAGGUUAUUACAACAAAACCACAACCUAGUCUUUCCAUUUCUGAUCCAGCUGUCCAGAAUGAGCGCCAACCGAGGAACAGUGCCCAAGUACGCCAGGACCAGCUUGAGUCGACGCUGGAAUCACCCAUUACUGCCACAGCUUACACCGUGUCCGCCACACACCCUGCCUUCAUGCCUGGAGCGGGCCACCAUUACAUACCAAGAUAUGUCCAUCCUGAACAGAUGGAGAGACAGACAAGAGACAUUGAACAAGAGCCACAUGAAAACCUAGUCGAUGUUCAGGCAGAGUACGUGAAACGACAACAACCGCACCAGACACCGCAGGCCAUUACUGAUGGCAUUGGCUACAACACAGACCGAGAGAGUAUCUAUGAGUGCUCGGCAAGGCUACUCUUCAUGGCAGUCAAGUGGGCUAAAAAUCUACCGUCCUUUGCCAACCUGCCAUUCAGAGAUCAGGUGAUCUUGCUCGAAGAAACGUGGAGUGAGUUGUACCUUCUUUGUGCAAUCCAAUGGUGUAUGUCAGUAGACUCCUCGCCCCUUCUCUCACCCUCUGAGCAUGCGCACCACGCCAGUAAUGGAAAGACGAACACUGUCUUGACUGACGUCAGAACGUUACAAGAGGUUGUGGCGAAGUUCAAGGCGAUGAGAGUCGAACCGGAGGAAUUCGCCUGUUUGAAAGCUAUCGUUCUCUUUAGACCUGAUACCCGAGGUCUGAAAGAUCCCAAACAAGUUGAGAACCUACAGGAUCAAGCUCAGAUCAUGCUUGGCCAACAGAUGAGAGCACAGCAUCCAACACAGCCAACUAGAAAGGGGAACGAUGUAGGCCUACAUGUUUAUGUUCAGCACAUAAUUCGGUUUGGUCGCCUUCUCCUUAUGCUGCCGCUACUCAAGCUGGUCAACUCUGACCGAAUCGAGUCCAUGUUCUUCACCAAGAUGAUCGGCAGUACGCCCAUGGAACAACUACUCUGCGACAUGUUCAAAAGCUGAGCGAGGAAUCAAGACAAUGACUUUGAUGAACUCUGCAUUGUUAAGAUAAUGACUUUUGGGUAGAUAUUCGUGCAAUUCAGUAAAAUGUGCGGAUGUGCGCGUAUCUUUUGGAUUACGGCAUUCUCACUAGACUCUUUCGAACUGACUUUGUGUCUAAAAGAUACUGCAAUUAAAGGGAGAUAUUCUCGGCGACGACUGAAACAUUGCCAUUUUGGGUCAAUUGACUAAAAUAAGAGGCACGGCAUCAUGCUUUGAAAAGCUAUGGAAGAGUGUUUUUUAAAUUUCUUAAAGAGAGCCAUGGGCAUUUGUCCAUGUACUUCUAGGGACAAAUCAUAUUUCUUUUGAGGACAAUAUGUGCAUCAGGCCAUCUGUCAUUUGGCACAUGAAGCAGCAAGUGAAACCUGCGAUCACAUAACACAAUAACUCAGCCUUAGAAAUUACACCUGUGUGUGUCUGAACUGACUGCGGGAGGGAAAGGUUUCUUUUUAGCAAGGUCUAAACCCCAUGCUGUGGAGGUCUUGGGAACAAUGUCAACGCGAAGAUGCUGGAUGCCGGGUUGAAUGACACUGCGAUCCUGGGGAGUCAGUGCAAGACAGUUAGACACAGUGGCCGGGGUCUCCCUGCAGUGACGAGAUUAGCAGUUUAUCAUCAUUACAGUUUCUGUAUUUUUCUCACAAAAUCAGAAGAUUGGGAAAUUGAAAGAGCCAGUUAUUACUGUAGACGUGCGUCAUACAGGAAGUAGUCCAAUUGCCUCGAUAUUUAUAACAUAUGGUAGGUGCACACGACGUUGUGUAGCCGAUACAAAAAUGUACAUGUAGUACUCUAUAUGUUCACAGUGGCUAUCAUAACUGAGUACUUCUGCGCAAAACUUUUUAAACUACUUAGUACAUUGACAAAUAUGUGUAGGUGAGGGCCAGUAUUUAAAUAAUAAACACACUACACAUUGUCGUCUCAUCAUCAUCUUAUAGGCUGUAUUAUGUUUCUCAUUGUUUCUGGUUCCAGUUGUUGUAUUUAAACCACAUCACAAUUGUUAGUAAUUUAUUUUGGCAAGGUUUGUACAUUGCAGAGGAAAUCAUUCUCGAGGUUGUGUUGUAAACUAAUUUCUACAACCCUAAAUGUAAUUAUGAUAUUGAA